AUGUUCCGCGGCCACCGCGCCUGGUUCUCUCAGAGCGUCGGCCCCGGCCCGCGGGCGCUGUGGGGUGAGGGUCCCGCCGGCACCGGGGGGGGCGGGACGGGGCGGGACACGGGCCCGCGCUGGGGCAGAGCGGGGGGCACAGCCCGGCAGCCGCUCGCUGGGGCAGAGCGGGGGGCUUCGGCAGCUCCUGGGGUCCCACCCCCCGAGGAAAAGCCCACCACGAGCCCUCGGGGGCCGCCGCAGGUCCCGCAGAGCGCGGCCCCGCAGCCCCUCACCCCUCUCCCCGCAGCGGCCGGCGGCGGGGCGCUCGCCCACCCCUGGGAUGCCGAGUUCCUCUUCAGCAGCGACGCUGCCCACCCGGACACCCGCAGGAUACACCAGAGCCUGGAUUACUUGGAGGGCAGAGCUACCGUCUUUCACUCCCAGUUCCUCUCCGCCUGGGCCCGCAGCGGCGCCGGAGUGAAGCCCUCGCUGGUUCUGGGCCACUUCAUCCUGCCACCCGCCUGCCUGCAGGAAGUCAUUUUAUUUUUGUUCAUGGCAGAAAUCAGGAGAAAAAUCGGUUGUUUUAUUUGGGAGAAUAUGGAUCAGUCACUGGCAGAACAGCCCGAUGAAAAUCUGAUGGAUGAGCCCGAGGCUGUGAGAGAAGCCAGUGCAGAAGGAGCAGAGGAUGUGCUAAACCUGGCUGGGAGUGAAGAAGAAACUGUCUCCAGAGCACCCAGCCAGGGGGAAUUUCCGUACCGUGCCCUCCAGGAAUACCCAGUGAACAACAUGGUGACAGGUUACGCCUCUGCUCGCCACAUGAGGAAGUACACGGGGGAGCUCCGGGAUUUCACUCCCGGCACCUCGGGCUACGCCGUGUUCUGUGUUCAGCGCGGGAUCGGCAUCUACUGCGACCCCAGGGCUAAAACGAAGAGGAGGUUGUGAGGAACAAGGGCAGGUUGGCACUAAACGCUUCGUUGCCACAGAGAUCCCAGUUGGAAGUUCAGUCCCGUGGUGAGAUGCUGGGAUAGCUCCUUGCUCACUCCUGCGGGUCCAUGGUUAGUUUAGCCCUCAGCCUGUGUCCUUCCCAGGUUUUAGUUAAUUAGUGAAGAGAUUUGUGGUAUCGAGCUGCAAAUUCAGAGUCAAACCUGUACAGUAGUGGGGGGUUAUAAAAUAUCCCCACCUGACAGCAGCUCAGCCCACUCCAUGUGUGUUUAAAAGAUACCUGGUUGCAUUUCCUGUAAACAUUUUCUUCUUUAAGUUACAGAUUUCAUUAAAAAAUCAAAUA